AUUGAAUAUCAACACGUGGCAUAUCUCAUGCAAUAUUAUGAGGUACGCACAUUUAAACAAACCACAAUCGUAACAGCAUGCCCUAUAACCAAAAAGGAGGAAAACUUUGAAAUCUCAUUCUUCCGAUCUGCAAAUUUGAUCGAUACAAUGAGAGGUUUAAAGGAGGUGUUCGAGCAUCCAGACGAUCUCUAUCCAUUGUUGAAGCUCAGGAUGGCCACCAAACAGGCCGAAACUCAGAUCCCUACGGAGGCACAUUGGGGAUUCUGUUACUCCAUGCUUCAGAAGGUUUCUAGAAGCUUCGCUCUCGUUAUUCAACAGCUCGGAACCGACCUUCGUGACGCUGUAUGUGUUUUCUAUUUGGUUCUUCGAGCCCUAGACACUGUCGAGGAUGAUACAAGCUUAGAUACCAUGGUUAAGAUACCAAUUCUGAUGGAAUUUCAUCGCCAUAUCUAUGAUCCUGAUUGGCAUUUUGAAUGUGGUACACAGGAUUACAAGGUUCUCAUGGACCAAUUUUGUUAUGUUUCUACUGCUUUUCUGGAGCUUAAUGACAGUUUUCAGGAGGCAAUUGAGGAUAUUACAAUGAAAAUGGGUGCAGGAAUGGCAAAGUUUAUAUUCAAAGAGGUUGAUACAAUUAAAGACUAUGAUGAGUACUGUCAUUAUGCUGCGGGACUUGUUGGAUUAGGCUUGUCGAAACUCUUUCAUGCAUCCGGAAAAGAAAUUUUGUUUCCUGAAUCUAUUUCCAAUUCAAUGGGCUUAUUCCUCCAGAAAACAAACAUCAUUAGAGAUUAUCUUGAGGACAUUAACGAGACACCUAAGUCGCGUAUGUUCUGGCCUCGACAGAUCUGGAGUAAAUAUACUAAUAAUCUAGAGGACUUGAAACACAAAGAAAACUCACAGAAGGCUAUUGAGUGCUUGAAUGAUAUGGUGACAAACGCUUUAGUACAUAUUGAAGAUUGUUUAAAGUAUAUGUCCAAAUUACGUGAUCCAUCAAUCUUCAAGUUUUGUGCUAUACCACAGAUAAUGGCAAUUGGAACACUAACUUUAUGCUACAACAAUAUUCAAGUUUACAGAGGGGUGGUUAAACUGAGACGAGGUCUUACUGCAAAAAUAAUCGACCGAACGAAAUCCAUGGCGGACGUGUAUGGUGCUUUUUUCGAUUUUUCAUCAUUGCUCAGGUCCAAGGUUAACUUGAAGGAUCCAAAUGCUCAUACAACAAUCAACAGGGUAGAGGCUAUCCAAAAGAUUUGCAGGAGAUCAGGCACCCUUGACAAACGGAAAUCGUACAUAGCUGGUGAUGGGCCGAGCUACGCUCCGGCUCUGAUUGCUUUUCUGAUCGUUUUACUGGCAAUUCUCUACGUUUAUCUAUCUGCUAAUCGGCCCAACAAAAUCAGUGACAUGGUGCAAUAAUUUGUGGCUCGGUUCUUCGUAAAGCUGUUGUUAUACAGACAUCGGGGUGUUAUAUUACUUGUCGAAUACAUUAGGAUGGUAAAAACGAUUGAAUAGUUGAUUGUUAUAUAUUUGCUUGAGAACAGAUUUGUUAAAAUGUUACUGUUAUUACGCCUUCAAGAUGCAUUAAGCAAGUUAGCAACUAAUUUAUAGCA